AUGUGUUUCGGCAGCAAAGACAAAGACAACUCCAACGACAACGCCGCGAAGCCAGCCCAGAUACCACAACAACCGUCUUCCGCCAGUCAUCCAGCACCGAAAGCAAGUAUGCCGCAAUCGUACGGCGCUCCCCCUCCGGGACCACCUCCCGGCCACAACAACUAUGGCGCUCCUCCUCCGGGACCACCUCCCUCCCACAACAACUACGUCGCACCGCCCGCCCGCCCGCCCCCGUCCAAGAAUAACCCCUUCAACGACUACGCACCGCCGCCCGGUCCCCCUCCCCCGGACCAUAAGCAGAAGUCCCAGCACGACUGGGAGACCGCCGUCCCCGAUACCUCGCUCCUCCCUCCGCCGCCCAGCUUCUUCAGCGGCUUCGACCGCUCGCCGGCCAACAACGCGACCGAGGCGCAGGCCGAAGAGGGCGAGCGCUGGUGUCGCGACUAUCCGCUCUACGCACCGCAACCGCUCGACCCCAACGCCCUGAACGCCCUGAACUGCGGCAACAUCAACAUGUUCACGCCGCCCUACUUCCGCGGCGAGCUCAAGCACCAGGACGUCGGCCUCUGGCGCGGCCACACCGCUAAGGGCGCCCCGGACACCUGCAUCGCCAGCUAUCCACCUCUCUACAACGUAGCGGCACACAACCCGCUGCGCACGGGGCAGAAGAAGACCAUCUACUACGAGAUACGCGCGCUCCCAGGCUGCCGCCGCGAGGUCUCCCUCGCGCUCGGCUUCGUCGCGCCGCCCUACCCGGCCUUCAGACUACCGGGCUGGCACCGCGCCAGUCUGGGCGUCCACGGCGACGACGGCCACCGCUACGUCAACGACCGCUGGGGCGGCAAGGCGUUCACGGAAGCGUUCCGGCGCUGCGAGGUCGUCGGGCUCGGCAUGGAGUUCACGCCUAAUGGGUAUGGCGGCCUCGCCGUUGACAUCUUCCUCACGCGCGACGGCGUCGAGAGGGGCCGCUGGAAUCUGCACGAGGAGACGGACCGCGAGCAGGAUUUGCCUGUCAUGGGGCUCGAGGGCGCGCAUGAUCUGUGUGCGGCGGUCGGCGUGUUUGAUCAGGCGGAGUUCGAGAUCUGCUUCGCGCCUGGACGGUGGGCUUGGAAGGGGUAUCGGGGUUAG